UGAGCCAAAUGCCCUGCGUGUCCUUACGCGAUGACGCAACGCGACAACUGCGGGUCCCGAUUGCUGCAGCCGCUUGUCAGUGUGACGAAGAUUGGCACUCAGGUUGGCCAACUGUCCCACCUCUCUAUAAUGCCCCAGUGUUUGCAGCAUCUGCAGUGAACAUGAUGGCAGCCCAGGUUUCCAUAGACAAGUACCCAGAAGGAGAGCAGCAGAUGCAAGGUGUGGUACAGACAGACAGCGAUUCGGAGCAGAAGUUCAUCGAGGGGACGCUGGUGGAGGCGCCCAGCCCGGCCCCCACAGAGCCACAGACACCCAUGGAUGCAGACAAGGCCUCUAUAUACCGGCAUCCCCUCUUCCCUUUAUUGGCCCUGCUGUUUGAGAAGUGUGAACAGUCCACGCAGAGCUCCGACUGCAUCACGUCAGCAAGCUUCGAUGUGGACAUUGAGAACUUUGUCCGCAGUCAGGAGAAGGAGGGCAAAGCUUUUUUCAGCGAAGACCCCGACCUCGAUAACCUGAUGGUGAAAGCCAUCCAGGUGCUGCGGAUCCACCUGCUGGAGCUGGAGAAGGUGAGCGACCUGUGCAAGGACUUCUGCAGCCGCUACAUUGCCUGCCUCAAAACGAAGAUGAACAGCGAGACCCUGCUGAGCGGAGAGCCAGGCAGCCCCUACUCCCCCGUGCAGGGCCAGGCCCAGAGCUUCUCACCCACCAAGACUCAGACCUCCAGCUCCUUCGCAGGGACCAUCAGUCCCCAGGGUCAGAUCGUGGUGCCGGCGUCGGCCCUGCAGCAAGGAAAUGUUACCGUCACAGCUGUAAACCCCACCCAGGUGGUAGCAGGUAUGUCACCAUGGCAUACAACCCCUCACUCAGGUGGCACAGUGUACCAGCCUGUUACAGUAGUCACUCCUCAGGGCCAGGUGGUAACACAGGCUCUCUCUCCUGGGACAAUACGUGUCCAGAACAAUCAGCUCCAGCUGCAGUUUCACCAGGACUUGAACCUCUUCAACCACGACGAGAACUCGUCCAAGAACAAGCGUGGCGUCCUACCCAAGCAGGCCACAAACGUCAUGCGCUCGUGGCUCUUCCAGCACAUCGGGCACCCAUAUCCGACGGAGGAUGAGAAGAAACAGAUUGCCUCUCAGACUAACCUGACGCUCCUGCAGGUCAAUAACUGGUUUAUAAAUGCACGGAGGCGGAUUUUGCAGCCCAUGCUGGAUGCCAGCUCCUCUGAGACGCCAAAAGCCAAGAAGAAGACGCCUCAGAACCGGCCGCUGCAGCGCUUCUGGCCUGACUCCAUCGCUUCAGGAGGAGUCACCCAGCAGCAAGUCACCAUGCCAGACGGUACGAUGGUGACGAUGAGUGUGGAGAGUCUGCAGAGCCUGACGUCAGACGGUGCCACACUGGCAGUGCAGCAAGUCAUGAUGGGAGGUCACAGCGAGGACGAGUCGGGGGACAGUGGAGAGGACGAUGACGACGCAGACAUGGCCGGGCUGGGCCUGGACAACAGCGACUCCUUGCAGUAGAGGAAACACACACACACACACACCCAAAGCCACAAAUUGAUCUACACAUAAACACACACACACACAAGACAUGCUUAAAUAUGUCUACAUAUAUACAAGUGCGUUCUCAAUCACACUGAAUCAUUUUACACGCACAGACACACACACACACACACACACACACACACACACACACACACAGAAUAGGUUUACACAGAGCACAAACCCACAGGACAUAGGGGAGCGUCCCUGCCCCCCUCCCCUCCCCCUCUGAACAGCGGAGUAUGUUGUGUGUGUGUACGUCAGGAGUUUCAUUUCAGAAACCGUUUUUUAUUACGUAGUCAAUGUAGGCGAGUGCACUUUUUUGUAUAAUAUUGUAAGCUCAAAAAGAUGUAAGCAAACAACGGAAGCAAAAAAAAAAGAAGUGUUCAAAAACACCCCGAAGCAAGUUUGUAUGCUCCGUUAAUAAAUGUUGAAUGAUUUUUUUCCCCCUGCCCUCCUUUUCUCCCCUCCCCCGUCCCCUUUAACUCUCAUUUUGGAUGCCAACAUUUUCAAGUUGUAUCUAUAAGGGUUUGUCUUCACUUUUUGCAUGCUUGUGUUUGAGUAGAUGUGCGCACUCUUAUCAUGACUGACUCCAUGGCUCUCACAAGGGCCCCUGCAGGCCUAGCAGAGCCCAAGAGGAGAGAUUUAAAAAAAAAAAAAAAGGAGAGAAGCUUAUUUUUAUAUACAAACAUAAGUAAUGAGUGUUUUUUGUUUUGUUUUUUGUUUUGUUUUUUUGUGUUCUCUCUUGUUUUGUAAGGAGUAUUUAUGUACAGAUUCAUUAUUAAAGCUAGCAACCCUGUUUUCCAGGGUUUGAUGAAGUUUUCUAAAAAACACAAAAAGUAAUUGAAUGCCGAUGAAAAAUGCUAUGUAAAUUGGUUUUAAAGUUACAAUAUUAAAAAGGCCUUACCUAUGUUCUUUUGUAAAGAAAACUAGCCAAGAAGCACAGAAAGAGAGCCUGACCCUUAGUGAAAUUAUUCAAAAGACACUAAACUGCAGCUGUCUGGGUUAAUAAGGCAUAGUAAAUAAUUUUACAUUGUGUACUGCAGGGGAGUGCAAUGUACUGAGAUAUUCCAAGUUGUCUCGCACAGCAAACUUGAUCGCAGUACUCUGAUUUUUCUAAAAACAAAUCCAGUUUUACCCACAUUGUGUAUACCACGCAUCACAUCUUUUAAUCAUUUUACGAUAGUAGCGUAGAUGUCACUUCUUUCAAAUGCACAAUCCAGAACACUAUGCUAACCACACAAUCACAAGGGGCCGUCAUAUUAAUAAUAAGGAUGAUUAAAAAAAAAACCUGGAUAGGCAGUAUCCACAUUAUCAGAUACAAACUCAAUCAUUAGCAGGAAACAGACACUUUGCACGCAUUAAUCUUUAUGUACAUGUACAUGCUAUUGCAUUGAAAACAGAGAGAGCAGUUGGAAAAGUUGGACUCCCCGUCCACUGUCUGCCUAAAAGGACUUGAGAGUAAGCGCUGUGGUCUGUCUGUCCCCUCGCCACUACAGACAUGUAGUGAAAGAUUUCUCAAUCUCAAUUUCUCAGUUUGUUUAUUACUGCACAAAUCGGGGUGCCUCUUGUUGGAAUACCUGUGAUAUUGUACUGUACAUCAGUUGUCUGUCAAUAGCUCAAAUAAUCUCGUUUAUAUCCCUCUUGUAAAGUUCAGACUUGAAUGGUUAAUUACAUGAGUUGGACUGAAGCUCUUGUGACUCUGGGUGGGCCUCCGCUGAGCUCUCUGUUUCUCACUCGUGUCUGUCUCGCUUUUUAUGAACCGUUGUUCACUUUUCUCUUGUCUGUUUUGCCUUAGAGCUUUCUAUUUUGGAAUAAACAAUGCCUAACUCUGUC